AUGCAUGAAGCUUCACAUCUGGGCAUACAUUGCGAAGAACAUGGCGACAUUGGCAUUGGUGGUGGUGGAGGUGGUGGAGGCAUGCAUUGCGAAGAACAUGGCGACUUCGGCAUUGGUGGUGGUGGAGGUGGUAGCUGCAAAACAUACUGUAUUGAUCGGAUUUAUUCAUUGAUUCUUCAAACUUACACCCAUAACACAUGCGUUAGUGCAAUGUGGCUGGCAGCGAUCCGGGCAGAUAUUAUUAAUCCAUUACCAGCCUUACUCUCUGUCUCUUUUCCACGUAAUUCCCUUAAGUUUCUUCCCAACCAAAUUUUGCUUUGGGGACCAGAUUUCGCAUGA